GAUCAUGCGCUUUGCCUGGUCGCCACCCCCUUGUCCCUCCCUCCAGCUUGCUGGGGCUAACAGAGCGCUGCAUAGUGUUUGCACUGGGCACUGCAGUAACACGUUUAGCUCUCUAGCAUGGGCACACACUUUUAAAUGUAUAAACGUACAAGCACGAGAUAGGAAGAAACAACUCCUAUCUAUAUGCAUAGGUACACACAUUCACACACGCUGCGUUGGAAUACAUUCAACAUUUCCACAGGAGGAUGGCGGCUGUGACCAGCAGCAGCAACAACCCCAGCUCGGCAUUACAUUCCAGCAGCAGCAGCAACGAGCCCAGCACCAGGAAACGGAUAGACCCGAGGAGGAGGCAGGCGGCACUCAGCUUUCUCACCAACAUCUCUCUGGAUGGGCGCCUCACACAGGAUGAGGCUGAGGAGGACGGGGCAGCGGCCAGGACUAGUGGGACAGCAGUGCCUGUCCGGGCUGGGGCUGGAGCUGGAGCUGCAGCUUCCCCGCUCCCUCCUCCGGGGGAGACGACGGCGCUGCUCGCUGCCGAGCGCAGGUUUCAGCCGAGCGGAGCUACCGCAUCCCCUCUUCCCGCACCAUGUGUUCCUGCAGGCGGCGGUAGCAGGGCAAGGAUCAACUCCUUCACUCAGGGAAUACUGCCUGCUGCCUUCUUAAGGCAGGCAUCAGUCCCCAACUACUACCUGGAACAGGGACAGAUGGGCAGCAGCACUUUUGAUUUGCAAAGAUCCAGGCGCCGGUUGAUUUCCCAACGUUCUUCAUUAGAAACUCUGGAAGAUAUAGAGGAGAAUGCUCCGUUACGGAGAUGCCGGACUCUAUCAGGUUCACCCAGACCAAAGAACUUUAAGAAAAUUCACUUUAUCAAAAAUAUGCGACAACAUGACACCAGAAAUGGCAGGAUAGUGCUAAUCAGUGGCAAGAGAUCCUUCUGCUCAGUGUUUUCAGUAAUGCCAUAUCGAGACAACAGUCAGACAGGGGAUCUGAAAGCUGAGGGCGGGAGGCAGAGGCAUUCUUCAGGUGGUAUCGGUGUCAAGGAGAUGGUGAUCGGCCUUGAAGGAGUGGAACUAGGUGCUGAUGGCAAGACUGUUUCGUACACUCAGUUUCUUUAUCCAACCAAUGUUCUGGGUGGCCGGAGGAAUACAAUAGAUUCUACAGCUUCAUUAUCCCAGUUUCGGAACAGCAGCCAUCGCAAUCUUCCUCUUGGAAGGGCAAACAGUUCCCAAGGAAGCAUCGACACUGGCAAUGAAGUACUGGAGUUUGCGGAAUAUGAUCCAAACCUGCUGGAUGACCCACAGUGGCCAUGUGGAAAACAUAAAAGAGUUCUGAUCUUCCCUUCCUAUAUGACAACUGUGAUUGAAUAUGUCAAACCGUCCGAUCUGAAAAAGGACAUGAAUGAAACCUUCAGAGAAAAGUUUCCCCAUAUUAAAUUGACCCUCAGUAAGAUACGAAGUCUGAAACGUGAAAUGCGGAAGCUGGCUCAAGAGGAAUGUGGCCUGGAAGAGCCCACUGUAGCCAUGUCCUUUGUCUAUUUUGAGAAACUGGCCCUCAAAGGCAAACUAAAUAAACAAAACCGAAAACUCUGUGCUGGUGCAUGUGUUCUGCUUGCUGCCAAAGUAGGCAGUGACCUCCGAAAGCAUGAAGUCAAGCAUCUGAUAGAUAAACUGGAAGAAAAAUUCAGACUUAACAGACGGGAACUGAUAGCAUUUGAGUUUCCAGUGUUAGUGGCCUUGGAAUUUGCUCUUCAUCUUUCUGAAAACGAGGUGCUGCCACACUACAGGAGACUUACCCAGCAUUCUUAGCCCAGACUGUAUAUUAGCUGAUGCAGCCCAGGUUCUUGUGAUAAGCUUGUGUUCUCCCCCACCGCCCUCCAAUGGAUCUUCAAGUGCUGCUGGAAGUAAGCUAACUAUGAAGAACUUUUAAGAUUGGAAUAGCUUUCUGUAAUGUAUGCGUGUACUGAUAAGCCACUGCAUAAAACAAACAGAUCUAUUUUUAUAUAUCCGCUGAUGGAAAUGCACUUUUGUGGCCUGAAGAUGUAGCGUUGAUGUUUUUCUCAGUCUGUAAGUCUGAACAUGGUGUCUAUUUAUUUGGCAUCGACUAUCAAUACUGAACAACAGUUCAAUUGUGUUUUAAUAUUAAGCUGACAAAUUUUUGAAGAACAGUUUUGGUUUGUUCUGCAUUAUAUACUGAAUUAUCAUAUGAGCUGUUUCUUAAGGAAUUUACUUCUGAACACUGAACUUUUUCCAGUAUUACCAAACAGUAGAGUUCAAAAAGAAAUUGUUAACUUUGUACAUUUGUGUAUGAAUCCAUUUCUUGACCUUGUCCAUAUUACAAUUUUACAAGUGUUUCUGUUGUGGAACACUGUUGAAUGACGAAGAUAAGUAAAACUGCACUCUUUUUAGUUUCAUUAACAUGCUCUAUGUUAGAGUUUAUUCUGAGCACAUUUAUCGUGCUUUAAGGUUUUAAUCUUCAAAAAAAUAACUUUUUGUUGAACCAUUGAUGUAAAACUGGUGUAAAUCUGAUUGCUGGACUUUUUUUUUCCUCUUCCUUAUCUGGCAUUACUUUUUCAAUGUUUAAUUAUCUUUUGAUAAUGCUUGAAUGGUGAGAUAUUUGAAUGAUGAGCUUUUGCACUGUUAGCUAAUGAAAACAAGCCAUAUUUAUCGGAACAAACAAGCACAAAUUUAGGCCAGUAUCAGUUAUUAUGCUCUGUUUUCUGAUGGUAUUUUAGAGCAAAUACAUGCAUUGUUCUGAAAAUUACAAACUGUUUUAGCAAAGUACAGACCUACCAAACAGAAAUGCUGAAUGUACAAACAUGAUUAAGCCAAUUUUCCUGAUGGUAAUUCAGAUUUCUAAUUUUCAAACAAAUUCUAUUUAAAAGUGAAUCCUUCACAUGCAUUUUUCAUGUCAAUAUACUGUACACCUUCCACUGUCGCUUUGGAAAUUGAUUUAUUGAUUAAAACAAGUUGUUUCAAACUGUCA